AUGUCUAGACUGAGAGACUUCGUGUGCUUGUGCGCGCUAGUGUGUUCGAGCCUAGAUGCCGCAAGAAUCUUGGCCGUAUUUCCAACUCCGUCAAUAAGUCACCAACUGCCGUUCAGACCCCUUACACAAGAGCUCGCGCGUCGCGGACAUGAGGUGGUAGUGAUCACACCCGAUCCUGCGUUUACUACAGGAAAAGCACCAGAAAACUUGACGGAAAUCGACGUACACGACGUAUCCUACGCAACUUGGAAACAAGUUAUGUCAAAACUUAUUAACGGGAAACAAGAUGACUCCAGUUCACUAUAUGAAAUUUUCGAUAAAGCAUUCAGAACCAUAUUCGAACAGCAAACGUCAGUUUUUGAAGUGAAAGACAUAAUCAAGAACCAAAAUCAUACAUUUGAUUUACUGUUAGUGGAAGCUUGCUUUCGACAAGCUCUUGGAUUUUCACAUGUUAUUAAAGCACCAGUUAUAGCUGUUAGUUCACUGGGUGCUAUUUUUGAUAAUUACCAUGUUAUUGGAGCACCAACUCAUCCUAUACUGUACCUAGAUCCAUUAAGUUCGCGUAUUUACAACCUGUCCAUUUGGGAAAAGGUUGUCGUUUACUAUGAUACAUUUUCUAAGCAAAAUCGACAUAAAAACAAAGAAGCAAAAGAAAAUACAGUCGUCAGGAAAAUUUUUGGUGAAGACACUCCUGCUUUGAGUGAGCUGCAAAAUAAUAUUGAUAUGCUGUUUUUAAACACUCAUCCUAUUUGGGAGGGCAAUCGUCCUGUGCCCCCCGGCGUCGUUCAUAUUGGAGGGAUACACCAAACUCCAGAAAAGAAAUUGCCGCAGGUAUGUACAUCGCCGCCAGAUUGCACGGUCACGUUAUGA